AAGUGGAGGAAAAAUAUCGCGUGACAUCACGUGGCAGACCGCCAUAGUUGCCCCCUGAGCAAGUCUGUUUUUUACAGUGAAACCCUAGUUCCGGAAAUCCUAUAAUGAAAUAAAACUGUGUUUAUCCAUACAAAUCAAUUCGAAACGCUACAAGAAUCCAGCGAAUGUCCCAUCUUCAUCCCUUCCUACUCUGAAAUUUCUCAGGAUCAGCAAUGUCUACACCAUUGUUAGCAGGAUUUGCUCUUGCUGCUGCUGCUUACGCUGGCAGAUACAGCAUCCAAGCUUGGCAAGCAUUCAAAACAAGACCACCUAGAAUACGCAGAUUUUAUGAAGGGGGAUUCCAGCCUGCAAUGACAAAAAGAGAAGCAGCUCUCAUUCUUGGAGUCAGGGAAAGCACUCCGGUAGAUAAGAUUAAGGAAGCGCAUAGAAGGGUCAUGGUGGCAAACCAUCCAGAUGCAGGUGGUAGCCACUACCUUGCUUCUAAAAUCAACGAAGCCAAAGAAAUGAUUCUUGGAAAGACCAAGGGUGGCUCUGCAUUCUGACUCUGAAAGCUAUGUCAAAGUUUCGGAAGGUGAGUUUCAAGAGUGCAAUUCUGCAAUAGUCAAAUAGAUAUCUCCUCCUUUCUCAGAUAGUCUCAUUGUCUGAAAAUAUUUUUGCCAAAUCUUUCUAAUGAUGAAAAUUUAAGGGUAUGUUGUUCCGAUAAUUUCUUUAAGACCCAACAGUUGUAUAAUACCGAGAAUCACAGAAUUUAUAUUUAUUUUACUUCAUUGAAAUUGGGGGGAAUAUUUGGCUUUUUGACUCGGAUGUACUUGAAUCACACAGUAACUAUGAAUGUUCAUUAUUUAUUUUUAUGUUGAGCCAGUUUGGUUCUCUUACUGGUAA